CUGCCUCUAGCAGAGAGUGGUAGUAGGAUGUACUUUGUCACCAGUGACUUGGCUAAAAUCAACAACAUGUACAGAUUCAGUCUGGCUGCCUUCCUGAGAAUCUUCCAGAAAGCUCUUAAGACCAAACAAGACGGCAGUGAGACUGACCACAGAAUCCGAGCCCUGACUCAGAGACUACAGAAUCUGGUGUAUAAAUACGUCUGCCGCUCUCUGUUCAAAGCAGAUCGACUCAUGUUUACCCUUCACAUGGUGCAUGGAAUGAAACCAGAGAAGUUUGAAUAAAACCUUUGUACAUUAGCUUUAAGCAAUGUUCAAAAUAAGAGGAAACUCUCUAUUUGUUGCAAAAAUAUUUGUU